CGUGAAAGGCACUCCCACAGCCCGUACUACCACCUGAACCACACCGGGGUAAAAGGGAGGGGGGGGGGGGGUGGGGGAAGAGAAGUAACAAUACAGAAGCCAGAACAAUAUAAUACUGCACCACACAUGGGUCAUUGAAGGAAAAAAAUUCAUGAUUUUUUCCCAGCAUCUUAUUGUUUGGAAGCAUUCAAAAUAUUCAAAAAAUCUGACCACCCCUCUCAAUUAAUCUAUUUUCUUUUAUUUUUCUAACUUGGCUCCUUCCCCAUUUUAAAGGAUGCUCUGCGCUCACCCCUCCCUUCACCUUCCCCUGCUCACAGAGACACACAGCGCGCGCGCACGGAGAGAGAGAGAGAGAGAGAAUGGCUGCAAAUCUUUUUUCAAGUGAAGAAGAGUACAUAGAUAUUGAAGUAGGCUCUUCUGCCAACCUAUUUGGCUACUCCAUGAGCUCCCCUCCACCAGCCAGAGAAUUUGAGUUUCAUAUGUCGUCAACCUCUGCAGGCACAGAGCCGGUAACUUUCCCAGCUGAUGAACUCUUCUACAAAGGAAAACUGCUUCCUCUCCACCUCCCUCCCCGCUUACAAAUGUUCCAAAACCUCCUCCACGCAACAGAGGCCUUCGAGGACCAGCAAUGCUGUCUUCCUGUUUCCACAAAUUCCGCCAGUAGUCUUGCACUGGAAUCCGACAUCUCACCGCCGGAGUCUCGCCGGGAAAGCAUCGAGCUAAACUCUGCAGAUGAGUGUUUCUUUGAAUGGUCGAGUACCAAAACGGGCAGUGUCAAUGUUGUUCAUCAAUCUAAGAAGUCUAAUAAUUGGUCUGAGAAGCUCAAGCAGGUCAAGCAGAGCUCACUGGGCAAAAAGCUGAAAGCUUCACGGGCGUACCUUAAGUCUCUGUUUGAUUAUAAGUCUGGCUGUUCAGAUGAAUCUUGUGCAAAAGCAGCCACUGCAGCAGAAGCAGAGAGCUUUUGCAGAGGCAAGGGGAGUUUGAGCGAGCACAUGAGUGUGGCGAGGAAAAAUCCAUUUGGGCAAACCGAUAAAAAUGAAAGGUGCACAAUAUCAUCAACUAUUACUGUCGCGAAGAGCAUGGGCAAGGAAUUUAUUGAGGAAGAUGUUAGCAGCAGCCAGAGGAGGUCAUUCUCAGGGGCAAUCAAAUUGCAUUCUGCUGUGGCGAAGUGUUCGUCUUCGUCUUCAUCGUCUUCGGGAUCUUCGGCUUCUUCAUCCUUUUCAUUCAACUCUAAUGGGUUUUGUGAUCAGUUACAGUCCCUGAGGAGGAGCAGCAGUGCCAGUUCAGAGACUGAGACUUCAGUUGAGGGAGCAAUUGCUCACUGUAAGCAGUCCCAGCAUUCCAGGAAACAUGUCAAUGAAGUUGAUCUUUGUUCACUCUCUGCUCCAAGAAUUGCAGGUUUUGAGGAUGGAGAGAGAAUAUGAAUCAUUGAAUCUGCAGCAAAUGACUUUUUUUUUUUAAUGUUUUGAAAGGUGAAUUCGCAACAAGUGAUGCACAUGAGAAGAUGAAUGAUGGUGUCCCAUUCAAAAUGAGAACUGGGUGCGUUUUUUUUCUGCAUAAUGUAAAAGAUUAGAAGAUGAAGAUGAAACAAAUUUUCAGAUUAUUUUGAA